CACUUUCCCAGUUUUGGUCUGAGUGUGCUAUCAACGGUCUGCAUGGUUUAAGUAAGAAGAAGCCAUUUGCAAACUGCCUGAACAUGACUUGACAUACCACUUGUGGGUGAUCUGAUUGACUGAGAUGAUGUAAUGGACAGGACUUGACUAGUUUAACCUGUUCCACUAGAUUUGGCUUAAUCUGAUAUGUUUUAUUUGCAAGGCUCGUCCCCUGCCUAGCUCCACAGACUUUGAGCUCGCAUGUUCGAGACGAACAAUAAAGGAAGAAAAAAUAAACUUCAGGACUUCACAGGUAUUCCUGAAAAAUGGAUGAUGACUAUUUUGGAGGAUUUGAGGCUGCAGACAUUUUUUUUAAAGAUGGAAACGGUGAACCCCAGACAACAUCUCCUGCUAUUCCUUGGGCGGCAUUUUCCACAGUGCCUGAAAUUCUUGUACCGCCAACGGUUUCUGCCGAGCUGCUUUCGAAACAAGCUCCAGCUAACGUACCGGCAGAUUCUCAACGAUCACCCAGCACUUUAAGUGAAGCUGAUCUUAAAGAGCAGGUUCCCUUAUCCAUCGAUCCUCCGUUGACUGAAAAUCUAGAAAGAGCAUCUGCCAAUUACGACGAAACUGAUACGAAACCACGACUGAGUGAUUCUGAAAAGCAUUUUCAACAAACCCUUUCAGCCCUGGAAAGUAAACUUAAAACAGCAGAUGAAGAAAAAGCUAGAAUAAAAAAGGAGUUAGAAGAUCUUUUGGAAAAACACAGAACUUUGGAAACCAAUUACCUGAAAGAAAAAGACAAUAAAUUAAUUUCACAUAAGGAUAUACACAACAAGCUCCAGGAGAAGCAUAAACUUGAGUUGGAAGAGUUAAGAAAAGCUGGACACGAGGCUUUGUCGAUUAUUGUGGAAGAAUUCAAGGCCCUGCUGAAGGUGCUUGUGGAGGAACGGGAAAAGGCCUUGGAGAAACAGCAUGUCUCUGCCAUUGAGAAGCAGGCGCAGAAGUGUGAAGAGUUACUCAAUGCUCAGCAUCAAAGGCUGCUUGAUAUGUUGGAAGAAGAGCGGAAAAUCUUAGAAGAAAAAACCAAAGACUCCUUGUGGCAACAAUCACAGGAAUACAAGGAAAUGUUGGAAAAAUGCAUGGAGAACGAAAGGGAACGUAAUAAGGAGGCUUUGGCAACAGCUGCAAAGGUGGAAAAAGAGGAUCUGCAGGCUGCCAUCCUAGCAGCAGUAACAGCUGAAAGGGAAAACAUGAAAAAGCUGCAUGAUCAAGAAAAAGAAUUAUGGCAAGCAGAGAGAAACAAAGAUCGCGAGAAGAUUGCUCAGGCGGUAGAAGAAGCAGCCGAACGACAAAAGCAGAGUUCAGAAGAAAUGGUGAAAGCAGCAAUCCUAGAAGAACAAAGGAAAAGCGAGAGAGCUGUAGAAGAAGCUGUGAAGCAAACGAGGGAAGAACUGAUGGACUACAUCAAGGAGCAGAAAAGGCUGGAUCAAGUGAUCCGUCAGCGUAGCCUUUCCAGUUUGGAAUUGUUCCUCUCUUGCGCUCAGAAGCAGCUGAACUGUUUGCUGAGGGAAGAAGUCACAGCACCGGAGACAGAAGGAAAGGAUUCCAUACCGUUAAGCACUUCUCUCAAAGAUGCUGGAGACUAGACGGAGAAGUGGGAUCCAUCAGCCGGUCUCGUAUUGUUUUGGUUAGAUGUUCAGAAUCAUACUGCUGUCCUUGUAAAGCUAAGGGUUGUUUUCGGUCCCAGCUCCUCAAACAUGACAAAACCUCUGUAGUUAAAUCAAUGAUUUCUUUACUAGGAGCGCCAGCAGCCCCGGCAAAAUGUUUCUCUCACACCGCAGGCUAACAAGUCUGUCCAGCAGGGAGAUGAAUAGUUGUCUGCCACAUCUAUUCAUCUCCGCCCCCUGCCUUUUAUCCCCAGAGUUAGGGUGGGGUUUCUCUAGCAGCGGUGGCUCUUCCGUCCCAAGGACCGGCCCAUAGAUUUCCACUGCUCUCCUCUCCUCUGCCUUCUGUGCAUUCGCGCGUCAGGCACUGGACCCAGCUGUUCCUCCUCUCCUCAUCAGCCACCUCCAGACCUGGGGGCUGUUGCCUCUCCAACUGAGGGCUCUCUCUCUCUCUCUCUCUCUCUCUCUCCCUCCCUCCCUCCCUCUCUCUCUCUCUCUCCCUCCCUCCCUCCCUCCCUCCCUCUCUCUGCCAGCUCCAUUUCCUCUUCCCCCUCAGAGCUCUCAGGUUGCCUUGAUGCUAUCCUGACUCCCACGCCUCCUCCUCAUCUGAUUCGGCUGUUGGAGGGGCUGGCGGCCAAAGGCCACAACAGGUUGUGUGAAAUCUUGGCAAAGCUAAUGAGUGCCAAUGGCUCCCGCAUAGUUUUAACAAGAAAUGCAAUCAUUGGCAAAUCUCAGUAAAGCCACAUAUUCCCAGCAACAGAGUAGGUACACUUGUCCUUUACAAACCUAAGCUUACAAACUUAAGUCUGGAGGCAGCACAGCUUUUGCUCUUUAUGUCAUACUUAACCGGCAUUCAUCAAAUGGAAUAACAGAUUUUUUAAUGUCAGAAAUAAAACAAACUCUCAUCCGAAUUAAAAACACUAAUUGGAGACGUUCAAAGAACAACUGGAAUUGAAACGCCUUAUUAUUUAUUUGCAUCUGUUCCAAAAUGGCCUAUUGCAUUCUCUAUGUUUGUGUCUUUUCAUGGAAAAAAAAAAAAACAUGUCUUUUCAGUUUCAUGGUUUGCCUUAAGAUUCCCUACUAGCUGGGAAGCCAAAUCUGUUCUGUUAUUACUUCUAUUGUUCUUAUAAAUUAGGAUUAUAUCACCUUAAUUCAUGCAAGGAAAUAACAAUACUUGAAAACAGCAACAGAUUGGGAGAUUGUUUAGUAACUGUAAAGCAAAAUUACCCAACCUUGGGAACGUGAAGACGUGUGGACUUCAACUCCCAGAAUUCAUUCACUCCCAGAACCCAUGCUGUCUGGGGAAUUCUGGGAGUUGAAGUCCACACAUCUGAAAGUUUCCAUGAGUGAGAAACCUUGCUCUAAAAUACAUUAUGAUCUGUAAGGACAAUGGUGUCCCUUAAACCAGGGGUCUCCAACCUUGGCAACUUUAAGACUUGUGGACUUCAACUCCCAGAACUCUGGGAGUUGAAGUCCACAAGUCUUAAAGUUGCCAAGGUUGGAGACCCCUUCCUUAGACUAUAAAAUAAGUUCCAUGAAACCUUUUCAGAUUUCUGAUGGCACUGUGAUUUGUUGGGGGUUCGGAGAAGAUGUUGAAUGUUUUAUUCUCUUUUAUGUUUCAAAGGGUUUGGAGAAAUGUAAUAUUUGGGGUGGCUUUUGGACGUAUACAUUCUUAAUUUGGGCUGUUCCACACACCACUAAGAAUUGGCCACUUUUGGGCAAAUUCCAGUGGCAACAUCUCAGAAGGCAUUGGAGCCGUAGGAAGGCAGGUUGGUCUCUAAGUGGCAUGUCCACCCCGGCUUUCAAUGAUGCAGUCAAGUUAUAGAAAUGUAAGAGCCUCUGACAUUUCCAUGGCUUUUUGUAGAUGUAUAAAAGGAACAGAGGAGCUAAUACUAAUGUAAUUGUUCACUUUGGGGUAUAAAUUUUAAUUUUUUUCCCUUGCGUUUCUCAAUAUAUUAUAUAUGUGUGUGUGUUAAUGAUUUACAGGAUGAAAUAAUUGAGCAGCUUAGUGCUUUUAAUGCUUGUUACUGUGAAAAUUAUUCUUUACCAAAUAA